GAUUGUUUAAUUUUUUAAUUAAUAUAUAGUAGUUUUGGAAGUUUAUUCGAACAAAUGACAAAUUAGUUUUUAUGAAAACCAGUCAUCAAGAAAUAGAUGAUUAUGGUUUCUAAAUGUCAAUUUUGUGAAACAUAAAUAAUUUAAAAUGAGUUCUAAAAACAUGAAAAAACGAAAAGCAAAUCCAAUACCAGAUAAUGAGGCUCCUGAGGUGUUAGUAUUACCACCAAAAGCUUUAUUGGAUAAAUUUGGUGUUUCUCUUGGAGAUAUAGGCAAUUUUCUGGAUGAUCAGAAAACAUAUUCUGAUGGUGGACCAUCAAACCAUGUAGUUAAAUUAUAUGGGAAUAGUGUCAAUUCAAAUACAUCGUUGGAUGUACAUAAUUUAAAUUUAAAUGACAGUUCUAUUAUGAAAACUGCAAGUUUAAUGAAAAAGUCACUAUUUCUAAGCCCAACCUUCUCAAAUUCAAAUUCAAUAGAUUCCUCUCAAACUGAAGAUGUACCAUCAAUAGCUACAUCUCAUUUGGAGAUAAACAGCUCUGACCAUCAAAAUAAGAAUGUGUUAAAUAAUUCACCUCAUUUAGAUUCAGAAAUACUUUCUGCCAAUAAAAAUAAUAUUAAAAAUCAAGACCCAAAACCAUUGCAAGAUAAUAAUGAAAUAAUUGAAAUUCCUAAAAAAAUUAUGGAAAAUACAAACCACAGUAUAAGGGAAACAUCACCAAAUGAAAUUGUUCUUGAUAAAUCUAACAAUUUGACUAUUAUUAAUCUAGAAGUUGCAAGUUGUGUACCAGGUCCAAAUGAAUCUCUGACAAUAAAUAAUAGGACACUAAAUGUUACUUAUGACCAAGAUAGUGACAGAGAACAGCUUGCAUUUUUUAAAAAAGAUGAUGAAGAAAAUAUAAAAAGUAAUGAAAAUUUAGUAGACAAGGAGAUUUCCACUCGAAUAUUGACUACUGAAAAUCAUAGAAACAGUCCUAAUAGACUCAAUAUAACAGAAAUGUAUUUUUGUAAUAAUGAAACAAGUCCACAGGUAAAAAAAAAUAUGGAAGGUAGUGAGAAAAAUAUUUUAAAAAGUCAAUUUAAUCCAACAGCAGAUACCCACCAAAGGAAUGAAAGGACUACUAAUAUAGACAAACAAAAAUGCAGUGCUGUACAAAUAUUAGAUAUUAAUGAUUCUGUAACUAGAGUAGCAAUGGUUCUUAAAGAGUAUUUACAAAAUAAGAAAGAUGUGAAUGUUAAGCAUACUUUACAAUGUAAAUCUCAAAUUCAAGGUGUAGAAAAGCCUGGAGGAAACAAGGAAUAUAAUUUUUUAAAACUUAAAAGAGAAAAAAGUCCUAAAAUGUAUACAAUUAAAGCUAGAAAAACAGUUUCUAAAGAAAUUGUUACUGAGAUUGUUGAACAAAUUACAACAGAAUGCAACAUAAAUCUCACAGAUGAAGACAAAGUGAACGAAGUAAAGAUGUUUUGUGUUUGUUCCGAUUUUGGUUCCUUUAACUACUAUGAUGAAGAACUGGAACAUAUACAUUUUUGGGAACAAAAGAAUAGUAAAUGUUCAUUGGAUGUUAUUUUUGGUAUUUAUUGUGAUGAUGAUACUAACAGUAUAAAUCAUCAAAAUUCAUAUAAAGAAGGUGUAAAUGAUAAGAGUGAGUGUGAUUAUAUUUGUGUUAAUGAGGAAAUAGAACUCAAAUCAAAUGAUAUUGAUGAGAGCCAAAAUAUAUUGGAAUCAACUUUAAUUGAAAUUGAAGUACCAAUUUAUUAUGAUAGUCAUAUGACAAAAGAAAUUAAGAAUACAGUUAACAAUACUUCAGACGAAAACAAGAAUUGUGAAUUACAAGUGAAUAUAUCUUCGAAAAUGCAGGAUAUGGCUGAGGUUUCACCAGAGGACAUUCGAAAACAGAAAAAAAGAAAGACUAAGCGAGAUGGUUCCAUAGAUAGUCCAAAAAAUAAAAAGGCCCGAAAUACUGAUGUGCAACAAGAAACUGAUUGUAAUAAUGGUCCUGAAAAAUCAAGUCAUGAUGUAGAUAGCUUGUCUAAAAUUAUUAUGAAAGUGCCUCAUAAAAGAGAAAAAGCAGAUGUUACAUGUGCUGUAUGUCACCAAAAUAUUGCUGAGUCUAAGUGGUAUGAACAUGUCGCAAGAAAACAUAGUUACUUGGCGUGGAAGGAAGGCGACGUACCUUUGGAUGUCGCAAAUGCACAAGAAGUUAAGGAACAUCUAUCAAAAAUGUUGGUCAAAUUCAAUGUUUUGGUUUGCGGUAAAUGUGGCUUAGAGCGAACUGACAUUAGUAAAUAUUUGAGCCAUGUGAACAGCUGUAAUGGAGAAUCGGGCCCUUCAGAUGAGUUGGAUACUUCGAAGAGCUUAGGCGUUGUAAAGUGUGCUAAUUGUCAAAUGGAGGUCUCUCAUUGGUACAAUCAUAUUGGCUCUGUGCACAACUAUCUCGCUUGUAAAGAAGGGGACACGCCAGUGGAUUUUACUGACGAAGACGAAGUCCGCGAACACUUAGCGGCGAUUGCUAAGGAAUAUAAUGGAUUGAAGUGUCCAAAGUGUGGCUGUCGACGGCAGUUUGUAAAGGCGUAUUUGAGUCAUGUGAAAAAAUGUGACGUUCAGUCGGAGGCUGGUUUCGAUAACUCAUUAAGCUCUGUUAAGUGUGGUGUCUGCCAAGAGGAGAUAUUAGAAGAUGCGUGGAUACAGCAUAUUGAGCAGGAGCACAAUUAUUUGGCGUGGGAAGUAGGCGAAACUCCUUUAGAUGUCAACGACCCAGAAGCCGUACACAAUCAUUUGUAUAAAAUAUCGAAGCAAAUAGACUGUCUGGUUUGCACGAAGUGUGGAGUCAAACGGAAAUACGUUAAAGGGUACCAAACGCAUUUCAAUCAGUGCACUUCGGUGACUGGUUAUACACCUGACAAAAAGCGAUAUAGUUAUAUACGAAAAAAGAGGGAACACGUUGUUCAAAGUUUUGAUGAGUCGAGCGCAGUCUCGUGUGGUGUGUGUGGUUUGGUGAAAAGUGAAAAUCAAUGGCUGGAACAUAUCGAACAAGAGCACCAAUAUAUGGCAUGGAAAUUUGGUGAAUCACCUAUAGACCUGAAUAAUACAAGAGCGAUCUCGAGUCAUUUAAAUAAUAUUUUAAAACAUUAUCCUGACGGACUCCUUUGUACUAAAUGCGGCAAGCGACGGAAAUGCGUCAGAAUAUAUUUGAGACAUAUAGAAUCGUGUCAGGAAAAAUCAUUAGAAGGCAAUAAGUCAGUUCUGAAUGAAAGUACCUUGGAUACGAGUGUAGCAAGUGUUGAGGAUAGUGUCAUAGAAGAGAGUAAUGUGACGUGCGGUGUGUGUAAGGAAGUGAUAUCAGAAGAGCUUUGGUACCAACACAUUGGCGACGAACAUUAUUAUUUAGCUUGGAAAAGUACCGAAGAGCCGUUGGAUCUAACAGAUACAAUGAGACUACGAGAUCAUCUGUAUAAUAUUUCACAGAAACAUGGACAUCUCACCUGUAAGAAAUGCGGUAUUAAACGUAAAUAUGUUAAAUCAUUUCUAGCCCAUAUUGGACAUUGUGAUUCCAAUGUAAAUGUAGGCCAUAUAUCAGAUACAAGUAUGAGCAUUAGUUUUCAAGAAGACACAAGUCCUGAUGCAAUGAUUAAAUGCGGUGUGUGUCAGAAAGAGAUGGAGAAUAGAAAGUGGGAGUUCCACAUUCGCAUACACAAUUAUAUAGCGUGGAAAGAAGGUCGCAAGCCGUUAGAUACGAACGACGAGCAAGCGGUUAAUGCGUAUCUAUAUGAUUUGUCAAAAAUGUAUGACGGGUUAACCUGUGCCAAGUGUAAUAUUAAGAAGAAAUACGUGAAAGCCUACAGAGGACACGUAGCGACGUGUCAGGGAAAUUUAGACGUCGAGUCUGUUUUAGACAGUCAGGAAAAUCGAGAAACGUACGAGUGCGCAUUAUGUCACGAAACGGGUCCGGUGAAUAAAUUCAAGUCUCACGCGAUGAACGAACACUAUAAUGUGGCGUGGAUGGUUGGAGAUAUACCAAUUGACGUCAGAACUACGUCAUCCGUUGAAAAAUAUUUAAAAGAGUACCAGAAAAGUCAUAGCUCGUUGGUUUGUAAUAAAUGUGGAUUGACAAGAGCGUCCAUUGCCGGCUUCUUUGCUCAUGUCGUACAGUGCGAGCGUACGGAAGAAGAAAUGGAAAUGUACAAAAGCGUAUGUGAAAUUUGCAAUACCAAGUAUCUGGGUGUGUACAAACACACACACAUGGCGAUACAUCGCAUGGAAGAGGCCAAAAAGAAGUUGGCAGAUAAAGUUCCGGUAGUAGCCGAAGACCUUGACGUAAGCGGAAAACGGCGUGCUGCUCAGAAAGCAAAAAAUGUCAUCAAGAACAUCACAGAUGUAACGGGAAAAGACAAUAAUGAAGACGUAGACGACGAGGGUGAGUACAAAUGCCCUGAUGAUUCUUCUAGCAGUGAAUCAGAGGAGUCCGGAGUUUCUGAGACCGAAGAUCAACCAGAAACAGAUGUGGAUCAGGAUCUUUCGGAUACAGAGACUAGGAUUAGGAAUAGGAAAUCUACAUCUACAUUUUCAAAUACCAACGACGAUAGAAUUCCGUUUGACGUUAAAGAUCCAUUUGCGUACAUGGCGAAAAGUUAUAAGGACUUUACCAACACACAUUUAACUACAAAUACUUUAUUCCCGCAAUGGUUAAGCUGUGAAUACGAGUUGGUACCGGAGACGGAUUUACCAAAAUAUAUGCCACCCUUGACCGAGUCCUGUAAAGUUCAAGUCUGUUUAAAAAAUAUUUCGACUUAUAAAGUGUUUGAAGCGAAGGCUGAUAAAGGUGUCAGUAUGUUCGUGGGAGCCAGUAUUAAUAAUAUUUCGUGGGUGCCAUGUAAUGAGCAGGCUCUCCCGUACCUAGCUGUCAAUUGUUACAACGGGACUGACGCGCCGCGGAUCGACGCAACAGAGCUGAUAGCGCACUCCGGCCUAAUUCAAAUAUGGGAUUUUAAGGAUAUGCAAAAGUUGCCAUCAUUCGUGUUUGGUCUAGCCCAUGAUUUUGGGACAGUUUGGGGAAUGGACUGGUGUCCCUCGGGCGCCUGUGAGCUUUUGCCUGACAAUCCUGACAACACCUUCGUGAGACUGGGUCUUCUGGCAGUCGCCUGUUCCAACGGAAUGGCAUAUAUUUUCUCAGUACCCCAUCCAUCUAUUGUUAAUACAGACAAAUUGAUGUAUAAGUUAAAACCAGUGGCCGAGUUGAGGUUGUUCCGAGAUAUGAAUAAAAAUGUCCAAGCCACAGCUGUUACUUGGUCUAUGCAAAAGGGGCAUUCAUGUAUAAUAGUUGGAUAUUCGAAUGGUAUGACAGCGAUGUAUGAUUUGGAAUGCGAUUCCCCCUUGUUGUCGUGUGAGGAAGAUGGUGUUCGAGUGUUUUACCCAUUCCACGAUGAACGAUCGCAUAACGUGUGCGUAACGGACGUAAAAGCGUUCGUCUGUGGUUCGAAUAUACGCGGAAGUGUCAGUGCGUCCUCUUGCGGUGUAACGGCGUCCAUCGCUUCGGGGCGCAAUCACGUACCACUAACUGCUGAAACCCUCUUGGUCACACCGCAUUGGCCGUCCACAAUACUGGCGGGAAACGCUGGCAUUGUGACCCAAGCAGUAAACGAGUUAGAAUGGUGGGGUCACGGGCGUCGUCUAGGCUCUAUGACCACGGCGUGUGGGUGUAUUGUCUGUGGACGUGUCGCUGCCUACUUCCCGCCUUUUGUCAAAACUAUGUUAUUGCAUCCACUGUACAACGAUAAGAGAGACAUUCAAGUUAAGGCGAAGAUAGAUAUAAUGUGCCUAGAAGAGGAAUCAGAAAGAUCUAAAGGCCAACUGGAGCCGGAGAGUUACGAAGAGGUUAUCAAAAUGUAUGGAAUAAAAUUAGAAUAUGCAACGAACUUAAAAAAGCAUGAAAAAAGCCAGAAUAUAACCAAGCCGAAGAAUCGCAACGCGGAGCGGUAUCCUCUAGCAGAUGUCACCUCUGUUGCCUUCUGUACCGUGCCCAAACAUCACAAACGAUUGGCCAUAGCAACGCAUGGCGGUAUCAUCUUCGUCAUCAACACGUAAUUAACAUACUAAAGCCGUGUUGGCCUAGUGGUUUUAGCGCGCGACUUUUAUCCAUGAUCGUAGGUACGAACUCUUGCUGUGUACUAUGUGCAUUUAACACUCGCUCGAGUUAAGGAAUUCAUCGUGAGUAAAUCGGCAUGCCUUUAACCUAAAAAGUCGACGGCGUGUGUCAGGCAAAGGAGGAUGACCACACCCUAUUAGAGAUCACGAAACAGAUAAAGAAGUCUGAGGCCAAGACCUAAAAGGUUGUCGCCACUUUGUUCAACUCACUUCACUGUAAAUAUAUUUUUUAAAAAGGUUGUCGUAAUGAUUUAUCUUUAAUAAUAUUUUCAUUAAAAGCUACAUUAUGUAUGAAACUGUAUUGGUACCUAGUACUCCAAAGAUGAAUAUUUACUAGCGUUUAAGUGCUGUCUCAAUUAUUAAAAAUUGUUCUAGAGAUAGGGACUCGUAAAUAAUGCAUUUUGAAUAAUUAAUUAAAUUGUACCAUUCAUUUAGCCUUUAUAGAUUGUAUAAUAGCGGCAUCUCCCGGCUUUGCAUGCGUAAAUAAAUAUAAGCCAUGUUACAUAGGGAGAACGAAUGCUACUGUUAAUGGUGAAUUUGAAAAUUGUGUUUUUUGUGGUUAGGGAGCGUUCAAGUCACGCAAUUUUUGGAGGUUCUUGACCCCCCCCCCAUAAAACGCGCCGUAACGUUUCUGUAUCCAAUAGUAAAACGUUUCGUGACCAAACCCAGUGACUCUUUAUACCUAAAAAUUACCAUUAUGUAGUGUAAAGUACAGGUAAGUGGAAAAUCAUAUUGCUAUUCCGAUAUUACCUCUAUGAAAAAAACUUUUUCUACUGAAGAUUUUUACGAUUUUGUAUCAAAAUGUACGUUUAAUAAAUAAAAUAAUAAUAGUCGAUUUUUAAAUAAAUCAUUCUCUUUUGGUUGUUGCGUAGGCCGUUGUUACCUUGCUUACCGUUUAUUUGUAGUGACAACCAAGUAUUUUCUUAUUGCUAUAUUUCAGUAAAAAUAAUAUCAAACCGUGUAUCAAUUUAUUUAUUACACUCAGCUGUAUUUGUGAACACAUUUGACUAAAAUUGUAUAUAAUCUUUUUUAAAUUCCUUUCAUUAUGUUAUAUCUAUAUUUUUAGAGCAGCCGCGAAAUAUUAUGGCAGGGCGUUUGACCCUGGCGUUAAUUUACAGCAAUUAUGCAUCGAACGAGCAAUCUAACAACAUCAUCAACUUUUAAGGUUGGGUGAAAAAAAAAAUAGAAAAUAUUAUUUAUUCACCCUAUAAAUAUUAUUCUUAAUGCAUUCAUUUACUUAUGCUAUCGCUUGUGUACAAUAUGUAUGAUAUUUAAUUUAUUUUGUAAAUAUUAUCGCCAGUAAUUUAUAAACAAGACUCUUAUACAUAGUUGAGUAAUGUCAUGAAUUUAAAGCGACUUUUAUAAAUCUUGUUCAAUGUUUUGAUUUAGCUUUUUCGUACUAAAAGUACAAGAAAUUAAAAUGGGCACAAAUUCUAGUGAGAGGCGUUGUCAAAUGGUUACGUGCCAUUUUAGGGGUUUUUUUUUUAGUUUUGUAGUUUUGAUUUGCAUAUGUACAAUGUACAUGCAAAAUUAACUAUAAAAUAAAAUACCGUCGAUCAUUCAAAGAACCCAUUAUAUUAUAUAUUUCUACUUUAUCGUUGUGAAUAUUAUCUAUUUUGUAGUUAUUCAUGCUGCACAUUUUAUGAAAGCAGUACACAAAGUUUUUUUUUGGUAUUAUAUAUAGUUGUAUAUAUAUAUUGAGGUAUUUUGUCUUAUUAAUGCGCAUGCAUACAGCUGUUUCUUUAAAUGCCUAUUUAACUGACUGUUUUUGUAUUGUAUAUUUAUAGGUUACAAAGUUUUAUUGCCAGCUUAAUUGGAAACUUCAUAAUAUAAAUACGCCAACUAAGAUAUUUUAUAUAAAAUAUAACUAAAAAUAUUGCCAGGGUUGUUACAUUUUGUAUUCAUAUUAAAAAUAAAUUGAAUUUUUCACGACAAAACGAACUUGGAUAGACGCCAGUUUAUAAAAUCAACUGCAUUGAAGUGUUUAGAAAAUAUAAAAAGUAGUUAUAGCCAUUGUAAUAAUAAUAAAUAACGAUAAACACGUUGAAACAGUUUUAUCUGGAACAUGAGGAUUAACUGUAUUUAAGGUUCUGUAAAGUAACUCAUAUUGUCUAAUUUUAAUAUAUUGUAAUAAAUCCAUAUAUCGGAUAUCAGUGAUAUUAAUAUAUUUAUGGAAUAGUGAUGGUUAUGCUUGU